GUCAUUUACCGUAUUCCGCUGGCCGGUGUCGUGUAUUUUGCAGAAUCACCAUGGCGCUGAAAGAGACCGCUGGGCUGUAUGAGACCCUCAAAGUAGAGUGGAACAAGAAGAACCCCAACCUCAGCAAAUGUGGGGAGCUUCUGAGCAAACUGAAGGUUUCAUUACUGGAGCUGAACUUCUUACCUACUACUGGGUCUGCGCUCACCAAGCAGCAGCUCAUUUUAGCUCGUGAUGUCCUUGAAAUUGGAGCCUUGUGGAGUAUCCUCAAGAAGGACAUCCCAUCCUUUGAGAGAUACAUGGCCCAGCUAAAAUGUUACUACUUUGAUUACAAGGAAGAACUGCCUGAAGCGGCCUACAUGCACCAGCUACUUGGACUGAACCUGCUCUUCCUCCUGUCACAGAACCGUGUGUCUGAGUUUCACACAGAACUUGAGAGAUUGAGUGCACGAGAUAUUCAGACCAACGUAUACAUCAGACACCCAGUGUCCCUAGAGCAGUACUUGAUGGAGGGAAGCUACAACAAGGUAUUUCUUGCAAAAGGCAACAUCCCUGCUGAGAGCUACACCUUUUUUAUAGAUAUUCUACUUGACACAAUUCGUGAUGAAAUCGCAGGUUGCAUAGAGAAAGCAUAUGAGCAGAUCCAGUUCAGUGAAGCCACCCGUGUGCUUUUCUUCAGUUCCCCAAAAAAGAUGACAGAGUACGCCAAGAAGAGGGGAUGGAGUUUGAGCGCAGAUGGCUAUUACUCUUUCACCAGUCAGCAGCAGCGGACCGAGGAGGUGACCAUCCCUUCUACAGAGCUGGCACAACAGGUCAUCGAAUACGCACGACAGCUGGAAAUGAUUGUGUAAUCCGCCCCCAGGAACACACUUAAACACACACGCUGUUGAUCCAGUGUACAUCCAGUCGGCUCAAAGGCACCCUUUGGGAAUAUAACUUCAUGGAGUGGUUGUCUGUUGCCCAUACCUCAAAAAUCCGUCAACAUUUAUCUUUCAUUUCAGUUUUCUGCAGAUCUUCCUGUCUAGAAGUUUUCUUUCAUUUUAAAAGAUGGGGAACAAAACUUAAAGGUAUAACAGAUGACCAGUCAGCAAUUUACUGUUUCAAUGUUAAUUAUUUUUAUCCAAGAUUCCAUCUGUACAAAACUUUUUAUGGGUUAUUCCCAGCGGGUGACCAAAAAACAAGUACUUCAAGUCUCGCUAGUGUUAAUACCCUCGGGUCUUUUAUAACUACAACAAAUUUAAUUACAAUCACCACCCUGUGACUUUGUCAGUGCCACACAAAAUAAUCGACUCAUUUUUUUUAUCCCCAAAUUCAAGCAAACUUUUUUUUGUAUACAAAGUUAAUUUUCUCCCUAGUAGAGCUCACAGAAAUGUAUUGCCCUUGCCUUGUAUCCUAGCAACUGACAGAAUUGCCAUUGAAGUUUGAGUGUUUUCUAAAUGGUGAUGCCUCUUCCUCCAUAUACGAGUUGUAAUCAAGUUGAUAUUACAAUGCAAAUCUUUGUCUGCAAUAAACAGUUAAGAAAAUAAACUUUUUGAAUGAA